AUGUCUUCAAGACGUACACGUUCACAAUCAACAAAUUCAACUAGUGGCUCGUCACAAGCUCAUCAAACUAAUGACACAAUACCAAUCAAAAAAAUCCCUGAAAAAAUCCCUGAAAAAAUCUUGGGAGCUACGUUUGAUUCUAGUGGUCAGUUGCAAUUUUUCAUGAAGUGGAGAGGUAUUGAAAAGUGCGAGUUUAUACCAGCUAAAGAGGCUAAUUUAAAGUGGCCUCGUUGUGUUCUCGGAUUUUAUGAAGCAAGCUUUGUAUGGGAUCGUAACUCAUAA